UUGAAUCCAUAUCCGGAACACUGGUGUUGCGUUGGGUCAAUUCACAACUAAGCAAAAUUUUGGGUUGGGUUGAGCGAGCUAUUCAACAGGAGGUAACUAAUUGAAUUGGUUUUCUUGCCACUAAUGAUUUUCUGUUUUUUUUCUUGGUUAAUUAUGUUUUUUUAUUUUAAUAUUUCAGAAAUGGGAACCCGUUUCGAUGCAGCAACGACAUGGGAGUUCGAUUGUUGAAGUCUAUCGCAUCAUAGAAGAGGUUCUUAUUUCUUUGCUCUUUAUUAUAUCUACUCUUAAGCAUCCAUUUCCAUUCACUAUAAUACAUUAAUAACAUACCUUUGUUUUUAUCUUCUUUCGGACUGUUGACCGAUUUUUUGCUCUAAAGAUUCCUAUGAGAUCUGGAGAAAUGAACAGCCUGCUCCGAGGCAUUGAUAAUGCACUUCAAGUAUAUUCAAAGCAUGUUGUUGACAACUUGGCUAACAAGGAAGACAUAGUUCCUCCUGUGCCAAUUCUGACAAGAUACAGGAGUGAAAGUGGAUUCAAAGCUUUUGUGAAGAAAGAGUUGAAUGAUUCAUCUUCAAGGAUGCCUGAUAUGAGAAAGUCUAGAGACAUCAAUGUUAUGACUACAUCAACACUAUGUGUGCAGUUAAACACCCUUUAUUAUGGCAUUAGUCAUCUUAACAAGCUGGAAGAUAGCAUUUGGGAACGCUGGAUAAGGAGGCAGAAGCAAGGGAAAUCCAAUAGUACGUGUAGUCUAGAGUGA